GAAGACACUAUGAUACGUUUUGUUUGAAUGCUAGGUUCAAGGAGCGUUGCUUGACAACAGCGGAUUAUAGUCCGUGCAAAUAAUUUUUGAUCUAGGCCUUUGAUUACCAGAUCGAUACAUAAUUAAGAGACCAACAUGGCCGACCUAGAGGCUGAUGUGACCCAAAAGGAAGCAGAGAAUGCCAAAGCAGAUGAGAAGGAGGUUGAUACUAAAGCAGAAGAUAAAGCUGCAAAGACGCCUGAGAAGUCAGGCACUCCAGCCAAAGCGAAAAGGGAGAAGACUUCAUCAUCCAAGCCAGCCAAGAAGGGUGGAAAAGGGGCAGCUAAACCUAAGGCAGAAGAGGCACAGAAAACACCAGAGCCCGAAGGCGGUGGAGAUGGAACAGAACUGCCACCCAAGGUGGUGCCCUUGUUCAUGGCUGGCAAGACCCAAGAACUGUUCAAGUGUGUUUGCGGUGAAGAUGUUACAGAUGAGAACCCCAUCAAGCUAAUCAGUAAGGAGGAUAUUAUUCAAGACAUGAAGACCAGGGCAGCUGUCUCCGAUUUCUCUCCAUUGAAACAAGCCAUUUUGAAUUAUGAUGGAGAAGAGAUUAUGGUAGUGUUCGAUGCAGAAUUCAAAUAUGGUGAGAACUUCAUCAUUGCGCUGACAGAGGAAGCAAAGGAAAAACUUAACAGAAAGUUCAAUCCUGCAGCAGUAGAGGAAGGAGAAGAAGGAGGGGAGGAAGGAGAAGGUGGAGAAGGAGGAGUAAUAGAAGAAGAAGAUACGACAGUCUAUCGCUACAUUCCUCCCGAGGCUAAGGAGUGGAUUUCUCUCGGCAGUGAGAAGGAGAUCGAAGAGGAGGCUGUGGUGGAGACUAGAGAUAAGCUCUCCUUCACCGUCCAGCGUGUAAGGCGCGACUUUGGCGCCCCCACAAAGUUCUCUGAUCGUGGACCUGACGAUGUCAAGGAUGGGUACAUUGAGUGCACAUCAUUCGAAGACAAGAGCUACAACCUGAAGAAGGUGGAACUAGACAUAUCUGUGCAAGCCAUACCGACUUACAUUGACAACGGUACACAAACAGACUGGAAGCAUCCGUGUCACAACGUAACCCAGUAUGCCCCCCGUGUGUUCAGUGAAGAGGAAUGUGCCAAGAUACUAGCUUCCAAAGAACUUCAGGAAUUUGUCGAGAAAGUGGAGCCAAGAUUUGACCUGGCCCUGCAGCAGAAUGAAAUCAUGGACGUGUUCUUGGAUGAUUGGCAGGAAUUAGCCAGUGAGGACAGUACAUUUGGAAGCAAGUCAGACAAUUACCUCAAGGAGUACCAGUCUUUCACCGACCUUCAAUUUAGCAAGGACAAGGUGCUGACCGCCGUGGAGUGGCAUCCGACCAUCAAAGGGGUCAUCGCUGUGUCCUGUGCCGAGAGGAUGACCUUUGAUGACCGGGUAGAACACUCCUCCAAGAUCAUCAUGAACCCCUCCCUCAUACUCCUCUGGAGUUUCACCGACCCCAUCCAUCCACAGGUGCUACUAGAAGCUCCAGAUGACAUAUUCUGCUUCAAGUUUAACCCUUCUGAUCCCAACAUCAUCACGGCUGGCUGCAUCAACGGUCAGGUGGUCAUGUGGGACAUCAGCAAACAUGUUGAUCGUCUCCGUAGUAACCAACGAGGCAAACAGUCCAAGAAGAACAGUAUGAUGAAUCUGCGGUAUGGUAGAGGGAGAGACAAGCCUGGAUUUGAAGAUGAGAAUGCGGAUAAGACUCCUGUGGUGAGAUACUGCGCCGUGUCUGCCAUAGAGCACAGCCACAAGUCAGCUAUCUCUGAUGUUCAGUGGGUACCAGACCAUAUGGAGAUUACUCGGAUGGGUGUCGUUUGUGAAAAUAAGCAGCAACAAUGUCACCAGAUUUUAACUGGUUCUUCCGAUGGGUACGUUGCUAUUUGGGAUACCCGGCCUCCCAAGGGUCAAACCCCAACCAUUGAUAACGCCAAGCAUGAUAACCCACUGGGUGUAGCAACGACAUUCAAACAUCUGGAUCUUACAUGGAAACCUGUCAUCAAGAUACCCAUAAACCGCAUGGAAGGCAGCGGAGACUACUGUCCGACCAGAGUGAGCCUACAGGAGAGGCAAGGGGAUAGAAGCGUGUUGGAGAAGCAGCCUAAGAGUGAAUUAGAGAAGAAGGAUAGUAGUAUGGGUGGCCUAGGGAUAUCUUUGAGAGGGGGUUCAGCCAAGGAAAAGAGACCCCUGGAAGGAGCUACAACUAAAUUCUAUGUUGGUACACAGGAAGGAGAAUUGGUGUAUGCUGAUUGGAAGCUAGAGAAGGACACCGACUCUGGACGACUCCAAGCUCCCAAACCCCUGUUUGCCACCCAGGUCCACGACAAGGGCAUUGAAGCCCUCCAGAGAUCACCCUUCUUCAAGGAUGUUUUACUCCUGGUCGGAGGCUGGACAUUCUCACUAUGGAAGGAAGGCAAAGAGUUUGGUCCUCUGCUGACCUCCAGCGCCGCGGCCAAGCCCCUGACCGCUGCUUACUGGUCACCCACCAGACCUGCUGUUUUCUACAUCGGCACGGCAGAAGGCAAUGUGGACGUCUGGGAUCUCCUGGACAAGACUCAUGAACCGUCCCUCUCUCAGAACAUCUCGGCCGCGGGGAUCACCAACAUCUACCCGUGGGUGGUGUCAGGCAAGCAACAGCUUCUUGCAGUGACUGAUAAGAUUGGGACACUGCACAUCCUGGAGGUUCCCUGGACCCUCAGAAACCCAACUCCUAAUGAGCUGUCGAGCUUCACCUACUACCUGGACAGAGAGGUUCAGAGAUUGGAGUUCCAGGAAAGCAGGACGAACUUCCAUGUGGACAACAAGAGGAAAUUGGAUCAGGAGGAAGCUCAGAAGAAGAUGGCGCCGCCUCAAGAGCCUAGCACCGAGGAGGUAGAAAACAAACAGAGGAUUGAAUUCCUGGACUUCAAGGAUGAUGAGAAGAAGUUCCUUGAAGAUCUCGGUCUCAUCGUGGAGGAAGAAGAGCCACUUCCAGAGGUCUAAAUUGUUAACUUAGUCUGCAUUUUAGGUUUCCUUCCCUUAAAACCCCACUGCACUACUUAUAGCUACUUGCACCCUCUAUAUAGCAAACAAUGCCUAAUCGGUGACCAUUGGUCCCCCAUGAUCCCCCUUUUCUUAUGUUAAU